AUGCAGCUCAUUGAUAUGUCUCUAAGUCUUCCAGAGCUUUGUAUCUCACAUGUCUUAAUUCUAUUUUUGGCUCAGCUAUUUUCCGCUGGCAAUGCCUUUAUGGGCAAGAGACCCAACGGGAAGGUCAACCGACUCGACGAUGACAAAGGUUCGGAUGAGACAGUGUAUAGACACCAGCAGAAACCUGUCCAGGAACAGCCCGUUGCCAUGGCGACGGACCGGUUGGAGGACGCCGAGGUGCCAUCUGUACCAGGCGACAGAGAGCAACUCCAACCCAACGCGCCACAGUACACAGAGCCUUAUCAGAUUGCCACAGAUACCCAAUCCGAGACCACGCUUCUACCAGUAGUGGACAAUAAAGGAGGAGCAACACCACCACCGCCAGCCGUUAGAGAAGACGGUUUGGAGCACUUAGGGAGUGAUCCAAAAAUAGAUCAUGCGAAUCUAAAAAUAGAUAGCAAGGUAGACACGGAGAGCGAAGCGUCUGUGCACACGGCGCCAAACACAGCUGGAGAUAGCAACGACGAUAGUAGGCAUGUGUACAGGUUAGAGCCAACCCAACCGGACCAUACCACAGCAGCACAUACGCAGAAUGCAAACGAAGAGACAGAAAGACCCCAUGAAAGGCCCCUGUCAGGAGAGAAAAGGCCCGAAGUAGACGUUGUACCCGGUACAGGGGCUGAACAGGUGGGUAUAGACAACAACGAGCACGGGGUGGUGCUAGGUGAUGGGGAAGAAGGUGCCGACAGAAAUGGCGAGGUAGUGGAUCGAGCAGAUGCACCUGGUCCGAAAAUCAGGACCGGUCCGGAAAAUAUGGGAGGUAGAUCAUCAGACGAGAAGGCGAGUAAUGAAGUGGACGAAUCCGUGCGUAUCAACGAG